UCUUUCUUCCUUGUGUUUAUAGAGAUUUGCCUGCUGACCAAGGGACGCCGCACUGCCAGUGUUCGAGCUGAUACGUAUUGCCGUCUUUACUCUCUUUCGGUGGACAAUUUCAAUGAGGUCCUGGAAGAAUAUCCAAUGAUGAGGAGAGCCUUUGAGACAGUUGCCAUUGACCGACUAGAUCGAAUAGGAAAGAAAAACUCAAUUCUUCUGCAAAAGUUCCAAAAGGAUCUGAACACUGGUGUUUUCAACAAUCAGGAGAACGAAAUUCUGAAGCAGAUUGUGAAACACGACAGGGAGAUGGUGCAGGCAAUCCCUCCAAUCAAUUAUCCUCAAAUGACAACCCUGAAUUCGACAUCUUCCGCUACUACCCCGACCUCUCGCAUGAGGACACAAUCUCCACCAGUGUACACAGCAACCAGUCUGUCUCAUAGCAACCUGCAUUCCCCCAGUCCCAGCACACAGACCCCCCAACAGUCAGCCGUCCUCUCACCCUGCUCCUACACCACUGCGGUCUGCAGCCCUCCCGUACAGAGCCCGCUGGCCACUCGAACUUUCCACUAUGCCUCCCCCACUGCCUCCCAGUUGUCACUCAUGCAGCAGCAGCAGCAGCAGUUACAGCAGUCCCAGCCACCGCAGACUCAGCAGCAGCAGCAGCCCCAACAGCCACAGACACCCAGCAGCUCCACGCCGAAAAACGAAGUGCACAAGAGCACGCAGGCCCUUCAUAACACCAACCUGACCCGAGAAGUCAGGCCCCUCUCCGCCUCGCAGCCCUCGCUGCCCCAUGAAGUUUCCACUCUAAUUUCCAAACCUCAUCCCACUGUGGGCGAGUCUCUGGCCUCCAUCCCUCAACCCGUGACAGCUGUUCACAGCACGGGCCUUCAGGCAGGGGGCAGGAGCACUGUCCCACAGAGAGUCACCCUCUUCCGACAGAUGUCGUCGGGAGCCAUUCCUCCAAACCGAGGAAUCCCUCCAGCACCCCCUCCACCAGCAGCUGCUCUUCAGAGAGAGUCCUCCUCAGUCUUACACACAGACCCAGAUGCAGAAAAGCCACGAUUUGCUUCAAAUUUAUGAUCCCUGCUGAUUGUCAAAGCAGAAGGAAAUACUCUAAUAAACUGAGAAUAUUCUCAGAUCUUAUUUUAUUCUAUCUCCUGAUAGAUCGUUAUAGCCUCCUAUGAAAAGAUAUUUUAGACAGCUCUGGCCUACAUUCAAAAUGUAAAAAUAUAUAUAUAUACAUAUACUAUUAAAUAUAUAUAUAUAUAAAUUCUCAAGAGAAAUUCAAAAGACCUGUUUAGCAUUCAGUGUUAUAUGUCUUCCUUUCUUUAAAUCAUUAAAGGAUUUAAAAUGUUGUUUUAAGAUUAUUUAUUUCUAACCUACUUUUAACUUAAUUACUUUGAUAUAUGUGUUUCUCUAUUUUAUGAUGAGUUCUUGGAUUCAAUGGAAACAAAACUGAUUUUAAAAAGGCAACUCAAAUAAGCUACUGAAUAGCACCAAUCAAAACUUACUUUCAUUAACUGUGUCUCUGCAUCUAAAUUGUUAAUCAUUAAUUGUGGAGAGUUAGAUAGAAAAUCCAAUUUUAUAAAUCUAAAUUGUAUUUUGGUGCUUUCAAUUUUGAAUUAGGUUAAGGAACACACUACAUACUUGGCCACCAUAGAAAACUAACAUUGCCUCUGUUAAGAAUAACUCUGAUCUCAAACAUGUUCAUUGAUCUUUCAGAAAGCUGAGGGGUUAUUUACCUUCAUGUUUUAUCGAACUUUUACCAAGACUCAGUCAAUGUUAGUUGUAAAUAACUUUUUCAACCCAAAUAAAAAUAGAUAUUCCAUGUUGUAAGAAGGUAAAAGUCAUUGUUUAAAACUUUAGUUUCAUUGCUACACUUCAAAACUUAGAGUGUUAAAUUUUUAAAAACUUAAUUGUGACAAUUAUUCAAUUGUAAUGCAAUGGCUUGAAAACUACAAUAUUAUUUUAACCUGCAAUGUUUUAUGCAAAAUCUAAUGCUUGAAUCUACAAAUUGCUUGUAUUACACCAAAAAUCAUUACUUUUCUUCCUUCUUGUCAUAAUCAAGCAUCUGAAAAUAGUCCCUGCAUGCUUUGGGGGAAAAAAUAGGUUCAAAUCCGUCAUUGUAGGGAAAAGCUUACAGUAUUUCUCAUUUCUAGAAAAGUGUAACCAUUAAUUACGUAUCUUAAAAUUCCUAGAAGGCUGACUUGGAUCUCUGACUUGAGUCUAGAAGUGAGGUUUCACUUUCAUUUAAUAUUACUGCUAUUAUUAUUAUUUAAACAAUUAUUUGUAAACCACAGCUUGAUUUGGAGUUGCAAGUGUGCUCUGUCUUCACUGUAGUUGGUAAUUUCUGGUGGUGUUAAUUUAAAGAAAUAAAUACAAUAUAGUAUCAGAUCCGUUUGGGAACACCCAAUUUGCUUUACAUGUAUUGUAACUAAGUUGUUGGUAAAUCUUAAGGCAUGUGGUGACUUAGUCCUUAAGUAGGAGGUUUGUUAUUUUAAAUGUGUUGAAAUUAGUAUGGACAUGAUGACAGAAAGAAGCAGUAAGGUGAAUGUCAGCAUUGUUUGUUUGUUUGUUUCCUUAACCCUUUCCAUGAUCUGUGAACAUUCCCUUCUUCUCAAAGAAGUCCCCAGGUAAUCAUUUGUGCCUAAUGCGCCCCACAAGUGUGGUGGAUGACUGGAACACAAUUGGAAGUUUCCUAAUAACCAACAUCUGUAAAUAACCUGAGUUAAGAGAAUGACCUAAAGUGGAGGUCUUCAGUAUCUUUGACAUUGGUGAUGCAUUUAAGAAGAACUUAACAAAGAUCACACAUUAUAUGGGGCAGGGCCUCCAGACAGACUUGAGGACAGAAAACAAAAAC